GACCAAGGACAGCGCUUUGCACACCCGUCACGUUCUACUAUAUUUUACUGGCCGCGAGCCCCACUGGCAUGGAUAGGUGUUAUGAUGUAUACGAAUUCAAAAAACGGACGGCUGAAUUUGAAGGUGUGGAAUGGGUUUGUAUUUGCCCACCAGAAGGUGCAAACUUGGCGCAAAAGCUUGGCUGGGUUCAUUUUCUUGUGUUUUCUUUCUCCUUGACCCUCGAGAGCCCUUGCCCCGUAUGGUUUGCGGUCUGCAGCACUUGCAGGCCGGGGUUGUGUAUUGUGUAUUCCUUCUUCCUGCCCCCUUUACUUCCUUUCUACAACCCCACGUGCUCCGAGGUCUUCUAUUCGCCUGUUUGAUACUUACGGGACACUGGAUGUUUGACUCUUUUUUUUUCCCCUUCUCUUUGCUAAGAAACACGGUUCUGGGCGGCGUACUGGAGGUUUUUUGCUGUGGCGAUUCAUCCCGACUUGCUAGAUGUCAGUUGAGCGUCUAGGGAAUUUGAUUAGCUUGAAUGCCAAUGAUUUCAAAUUGCUUUAGA